UCCGGAGCGGUUCUCGCGCGCUGGAGGCGGCCAAGUCAUGGACCGCAAUCCUUCUCCGCCGCCGCUGAGUGGGGACGGGGACGAGGAGGAGGAGGCGGCCGGGGGGGACUGCAUAGGCAGCACGGUAUACAGCAAGCACUGGCUCUUCGGCGUCCUCAGCGGGCUCAUCCAGAUUGUUAGCCCUGAAAACUCCAAAUCCAGCUCAGAUGAUGAGGAGCAGCAGAUGGAGCUUGAUGAAGAAAUGGAGAAUGAAAUCUGCAGAGUGUGGGAUAUGUCAAUGGAUGAGGAUGUGGCUUUGUUUCUCCAAGAAUUUAAUGCUCCUGACAUAUUUAUGGGAGUAUUGGCCAAAUCCAAGUGUCCUCGAUUAAGAGAAAUCUGUGUGGGAAUUUUAGGUAAUAUGGCCUGUUUCCAGGAGAUAUGUGUGUCCAUCAGCAGUGACAAAAAUCUUGGCCAGGUAUUAUUGUACUGUUUGUGUGAUUCAGACCCUCCUACUCUGCUGGAAACAAGCAGGUUGUUGCUUACUUGCCUUUCCCAGACAGAAGUGGCCAUUGUCUGGGUUGAAAGAAUCCGAGAACAUCCAGCUAUUUAUGAUAGCAUUUGCUUCAUCAUGUCAAGUUCAACAAAUGUUGACUUGCUGGUGAAGGUCGGGGAGGUUGUGGACAAGCUCUUUGAUUUGGAUGAGAAGCUAAUAUUGGAAUGGAUUAGAAAUGGGGCUGUUCAGCCUCUGGACCAACCCCAGGAAGAUUCUGAACAGCAGCCAGUGUUUCGAAUUGUGCCUUGUGUACUUGAAGCUGCCAAACAAGUACGUUCUGAAAAUCCAGAAGGGCUCGAUGUUUACAUGCAUAUCUUACAGCUGCUGACUACAGUGGAUGAUGGAAUUCAAGCAAUUGUACAGUGUCCUGACACUGGAAAAGACACUUGGAAUUUACUCUUUGACCUGGUGUGCCAUGAAUUCUGCCAGUCUGAUGAUCCACCCAUCAUACUUCAAGAGCAGAAAACAGUGCUAGCCUCUGUUUUUUCAGUGUUGUCCGCCAUCUAUGCCUCACAGGCUGAACAGGAGUAUCUAAAGACAGGAAAAGUAGAUCUUCCUCUAAUUGACAGCCUGAUUCGUGUCUUACAAAAUAUGAAACAUUGUCAAAAGAAACCAGAGAACUCAGCAGAGUCUAACACAGAAGAAACUAAAAAGUCUGAUUUAACCCAGGAUGACUUCCACUUGAAAAUCUUGAAGGAUAUUUCAUGUGAAUUUCUUUCUAAUAUUUUCCAAGUUUUAACAAAGGAGACUGUAGCUCAGGGACUAAAGGAGGGACAGUUAAGCAAACAGAAGUGUUCCUGUGCAUUUGAAAACCUUCUUCCUCUCUAUAACCCUGUGGUAGAAGACUUCCUCAAAAUCCUACGUGAAGUUGAUAAGACCUUUGCUGGUAACCUGGAGGAAAGCUUCCCAAGUUUGAAGGUUCAGACUUAAAAACUGUUGGAAUUCCUCUGCUGAAGAAAUGAACUCUAUUUUCCUUGCUGACAGUUGAAAUUGACAAACAAGAAAUAUUAGACCAUAAUUGUUUGGUUUUAUACUCAUGCCCUUCUCCUCCAGCCUUAUCUCAUUUUUGUUUGGCAUUGGAAUCUAGCUUCACUACCAUCAAACAUCAUCUCCCCCGCCCCCCGCCACUUCUUUUUUGUAUUGGUUGUGCAGUCUUUUGUCUUCUUCAGGUAAAGAAGACAAAAUACAAGCUUAUCAUUGAGGUUCUUUUUAGAAUAUUUGAGGGGUUGGUGAGGAUUUUCUUUGUAACUCUUAAUUUGAUUUUUACUCAGAAUUUUGUAUUCAUAUCCACUACAAGUACAUUCACCUGCACUAGUAGAAAACCCUACUAUAGUAGUUGCUUAAUCUGAUAACUUGUAUGUAUUUUAUGCAAUAAGAAGUCCAGAGGUGGGCAGUCCAGCCCUGAUAAGGUGGCUCAGGGACCCUGACUCCUUUCACCUCUAUGUGGUCUGCCAGGUAGACCUCUGUGUUCAUUUGUAUUGUCUUGUGGUUAAGGGGACUAUAAUAUCUCUGGUCCUUUCUUCCACAUUCAGGGAGGAAAAGGGAGAAAGAAGCAAAGGGGCUUUCUUCUAGCAAGUCUUUACCUUUUUAUUUGUAAAGGACAGCCCUCCCUGGCCAGAACCAUGUUGCAUAGCCAUUCCUAACUGCAGGUAUUUGAAAUCAAGUACUUUUUUCUUUCUAGCCUGUACAGGAGAGAAAGGCAAGAGAGAAGGGAGAUAUGAAUGGCUUUUGAGUGUACCCAAUCCAUGGUGUUUGCCACAAUAUGCAAACCUGUCUAUCCAUUUUACUUGUAUUGACUCCAUGCUAGGUUGUUAGUAACAAUUAAAAGCAAUUACUAGUUUAGCUUUGUUAUAGUUCAGUUUUUUUUUUCCAAUGUUUUAUGUAUGAAGAUGGAAAUGCUAACAUUAUGAUAAAAGCACAUUAGCAAAAUUCUCUAUCUUCAGAGAAGAUAGAAUAACAGUGGUUUAAUUUCAGAAAGUGAUUUGCUUGAGUGACUUCAGAUUUUUAAAAUUAAGAUUGAGGGAGUUUCAUAACUUCUGAUUGUUUAUAAACUGCUACACGUGAUUUCCCUCUCAUACUUUAUCAUUCUUUAUAAUGCUUCUUAAUGAAAUAUAUUCAGAGAAUCAACCAGGUACACUUAUAGGAAGCACCCAGUUUGCAUUAUUUCAGUUACUGAAAGUGGACUUUUAAUAGAUUUUCAGAAAAUAUCAGUUAUGAAUGAAAAAGCCAGCUUUUUAAACCUCUCUUCUGGUAUAGCCUCUUUUCAGUUUAUUGCAGAAUCUUUUAGACUUUAAAGCAUUGGUCUUGCCUCACACUUUGUAUUCUUUCCUUGAGUGACUUUUGCUGAUAAAACACAGGGGUGUCCUGUGUUAUUUAUAAGAGAUAUAUCAAUAUAAUUUCCAGUUUGGGGAUAGUUUUAUUGUUGAAAGUAUCCCUGCUGAAAAGAAUUGAACUAUAAAAUUAAAAUCGUACCGAUUAAA